AUGGACAUCCUGCUCCCUCAACGGCUGCUGUUGAGAGACCUCUCGACGAACGUGGAGUACUGGUGCAAGCUACCUGCGCCACCGCCGCAGUCGAACAUCUCUGUGGUCGAAUGGAGAGGAUCGUUCCUUCCGGAAGAACCAGAUGGCAAAACGAGCCGCUGCCGCCGUUACGAGUACCCGAAAGAACCGAAUGGCACUACCCCACAGACGAUACUUUGCGAUGAGUGGGAGUACGGAGACGACGACGAGCCGGCACGGACAAGCGCCGUGAGUGACUGGAACCUGGUCUGUCAGAGAGACACACUCAUCAUUGUCAUGGUCGUCGUCCACUGCUUCGGUUCCUGCUUAUUCUCAGCUGCGGCCGGAUGCCUCGCCGACAGCGUGGGUCGAAUGCCCGUGCUCCUUGCGGGUGUGGUGGUUCUGAUAAUCUCCACAGCGAUCGGAUGCCUUUCCAGAAGCUUCCACACGUUCGUGGUGGCGAAGUUCUUUAGCUCUGGUGGCGUGUCCGCAGUCAUGAUUACCACCAUAACCUCCGUGUUCGAGGUCACCACACACAGCAACCGGCCUCUGCAAAUCAUUUUCGCUGGAAUGCUGGCAGUGCUGUUUUCCGACAUAUGGGAGGCCACUGUUGCGUAG